UGGACCCAGUUUGCGGAGGCUGACGGCCGGGAGAGCGGGCUGAGCAGCGGCGCAGCGCCAGUGUGAAGCCGCUUCUCCGGCGGCUGCAGUGCCCGGACUGUUCGGCCUGUUGGGGGUAAAUUACCCCACCCGAGUUGGGUUCACAUCCACCCGGGGGCGGCUGUGUUUUUUUUUGGUGUGUGUCUGAUUAAAACAUUUGGUCAGAGCGCCCUAGUGCCGCUGCCAGAUAUUGGUGCGUGUUGUGUUGAGUGUGUGUGUGCAGUCUCGUUGCCAGGAUGGAUUCGGGAAUGCGUCCCCGGAACACGGCUCGCCUUCUGCUGCUGGCGGCGGUCUUGCCAGUUUUUCAGGCGCAGACGGUGACGGUGGAUGACAGCUUGUCUGGAUUUAUUGGCACCAGCGUGGUUUUGCGAUGCACUUUCGUAAACAACGAUCCCAAAAUCAAAAUCACUCAAGUCACAUGGCAAAAGGCAACCAAUGGGUCCAAGCAAAACAUUGCCAUUUUCCACCCAUCUAUGGGGGUCUCCGUCCUGCCACCGUACCAAGAUAGAGUAUCUUUCCAAAACCCGUCUCUAAAUGAUGCCACAAUUGAGCUGUCCAGGUUAGAACUAAUGGACGAAGGAGUCUACAUCUGUGAGUUUGCAACCUUCCCAACCGGAAACCGAGAGAGCCAGGUUAACCUCACUGUUUUUGCCAGACCAGUGAAUGACGCUGAACUGACUCCAGACACCAUCAUUGCCAAAGCUGAUCAUCCCAGGAAGAUUGUGGUAGCAACGUGUACAUCAGCCAAUGGGAAGCCACCAGGUGUUAUCACCUGGGAGACGAAGGUCAACGGGGAGACGGUUGUCAAAGAAUCUCGAAACCAAAAUGGCACCAGCACGGUGACCAGCCAGUACCUGUUGGUUCCCUCGCGGGAGGCGCACAGGCAGCCGCUGACGUGUGUGGUGAAUUACCAGAUGGACCGGACCACCAAAGUGCUGAUGUUAAAUGUGCAGUAUGAACCAGAGGUUACAGUGGAAGGGUUCGAUGGGAAUUGGUACUUGAACAGAGAGAAUGUGAGGCUGACGUGUAAAGCAGAUGGGAACCCACCUGCAACUAAGUAUAAUUGGAAGAUGUUAAAUGGGUCGCUGCCUGUAAACGUGGAUCUUCAGAACACCACGCUGCUCUUCAAAGGGGCUGUGACCUACGACCUUGCCGGAACCUACGUCUGUGAGGCUACAAAUGCCAUUGGUACACGAUCAGGUCUGGUUGAAGUCAAUAUCACAGAAUCCCCUCAAAUCCUACCAUCCGACAACCCGAGUGUGAACCAGAGUCUGGACGGCAGCAAGAGCGGAGGCAACACUUUGAUGAUUGGAGCAAUUGUGGGAGCUGCGGUGCUCGUCGUGUUAGCCGCUGUCAUAGUCUUCAUCGUCCUGCGCAAGAGGCAGCAAACCUUCAAGGGGGACUACAACACCAAGAAGCAUGUGUUUGGCAAUGGAUACGGCAAGGCUGGCAUCAUGCCUCCUGGCCCACAACAGGUCCCUUACCAGGAGGAAUCCGAUGAGGAUAAAAAGCUGUCUUCUAUGAAUGUAAGUUACGAAAACGAAAGGAAAGUUAUCCGAGACGGUGCAGACUUUGAUGCAGACUCCAAGCGCCCUUACUUUACUGUGGAUGAGAGCGACACACAGGAGGAGUUUGAUGACCAGACCCUGAGCUUGCAGUAUCUGCCGGAUAUGACAGAAGACAUGGUCUCACAGAACGAUGGCUCCAUAAUUUCAAAGAAAGAGUGGUAUGUGUAGUGCCAGACCCCUUGUGGUACAGGGCAAAAUCAAAGUGUCCUGAUUCAGACCCAGGUGGUUUGCUAUAAAGAACUCUGCAUCAGCUAAGGUCUUAAUGAUUACAUUAUGGUUUAUUUUUUACAUUUCAUUCAAAAAAAUUCUAAGGACAAUGAUUUCAUAAAUAUUACAAAAAAAACUUUUCUGUACAGCACUAACGAGGAGUGCCUCACUCAUUGCUGGCUGGACUUGCUGAAAAAGCUGAUGUCUCAUCACUAUACUGCACAGGCAUCAGGUAACUUAUGCUAAACACUGGAACUCGAUCAGGCUGCCAGCACAUCUGUGGCUGGGUUACCUUAACUGUCAUUAAUUAAGUCAUUAAUUUAUAACCACUAAUUAGGAUGGGCGGUGGCUAAUAACUUACUGGCAUCUGCUAGUGAGUGGUUAGAUUUGCUUGUAAGCAACUGGUUGGUGAAGACAUGUAAUCACAACUUCUAAAAUUCCAUUAAGUGUAGAGGGUGAGGGGGGAAUUAGCUGCUCACUUUCUCUCCAGCCCUUAGCUGAAUCUGUAUCUAGAUCAUCCAUAAGAUGAUGACAGUCUCUAAAGACCAAAUUCCUUUAAGUCGGACAUAGCUCUUACUCCACAAAGUCCUGUUAGGCACCUUAAGUGACUUGUAAAUUUUUAGGGGUCACAGUCUUGUUAAUUUUUUUAAUGCUUUGAAGUAAAAAGAAUUUGCCUGCAAGAAAAUGAAUUUCAUUCCCCUCCUGAAUGGAGUCCCGAUUGUAGCAUACAACAUUCCCGCAUGUGACUUUGUAUUACAUUAAGUCUCAAAAUUGUGUCCUGUUGUGGAGUUACCAAGGUGUGAGGAAUCACUUCCUUUCACAAAUCUUAGCAAACCUCUACAUCGUUAAACGAUCGAGGUUCAAUUGUUGAGUCUUAAUCAGUGCAUGUUUCAGAAUUCUCUUUAACAAAAUGUUUGAUGUUCUGCAUUUUGUUUAAGGUCAGGUGUGUACAAUAAUGUAUAUUUCAAACAUUUAACAUCAUGUUAGCUUUAUUGUAUUAUUUAAACUUGUCCAUCGUUUAGUCUGAAUUUAAGCACAAGGCAUAGAGGACAAAUUUGUUGGGCAAAUUUACUUCUCCCUGGUCCUUGAUCAUUUAAUCCUGCAAGAUGUUAGCGGAGUACAGCAGCGCGAUGCAAGGUUAGACCAAGUCAGAGCUAACCGGCCGGUGCUGAAUGUCUGAAGUAAACCUGCUGAGAACAAUCAGGAGGGUAGAGAGAGGGAGAGUGAGUCAGCAUGGUCCCAUUGGAGCCAGAAUGAAGAAGAGCCCUUGUGUGGUUUAUUGUUAGUUCUAUGGUAAUGUCCCUGAGACAGACUGUUGGGAAUUUAAUGUACAAGUAUCAAGAAAGAGUUGUGUGCCUUCAGCUGCUAGAUGUGCCUACUCUAGCAUGGUAGAUGCCAAGCAAGCCUGCUCACCGAUUGAUAAUUUAAGACCUUCCAGCUUUAACCUCUUUACAAUUGUUUUCCAAUUUAAAAGGGCAGUCUGUCACUGUUGUGGGCAGCAGGGCUGUGCUGUAAGCACAGCGUAGCACCUCCCACAGUAUUAACACACGGGCAUUGUGCAGAGCAGCAAACAUCACAAUUUAUCAGAUGCUAUCAGGCAGGAACACCACUCUCUUUGUUCCAAAAUUGCCAAUGCAUUAUGUGUUAAUUUUGUUGAAGAACGCCUACAAAAGCACGAUGGCAGAAAUGUUAUCAGUAAGUAAUAAUUGUUACAUUGUACUGCUCUGGCUUGAAGAGCAUGCCUCCACCAAUAGAUUCAGACCUGGCCUUAAGCUUUCCGUAAACAGGAAUGCAUUGAACAAAGGCGGUUGAAAGAGAAAGUGGUACAGAGAAGGGACAGUGCAAGGACCUGCCAAGUUGUGAGGGGGGGAGCGUGAUAGAGUGAGUGGGAGGGUUGUACAACAUUACUAUCAAUCCUUGAGAGUAUAUUGCCAUAAAAAUUGAAAAGGCUGGAGGUACACCACAGAUAAAUAAUGAGCUGAGCUUUGACAAUUUGAUCACUUACCCUUCUCACAACUGUGAACUCAGUGCUGAAGUGACCUUGUCAUUGAGUCUAAUGAUCCAGAGAAUGGUGGCAGUUGAAAACAUCUCCCGCAAAAGUUUGGCAUCAGUAAAUGUACAUGAAGCUAAUGGAUGGAUAUGAAAUUGUGACUGCUUCAUCAGUCAUGUUGUUUUAAGGAGCCAAGUUGAGUUUCUUCUCAUGUGCACAAGUGUGGUGAAGUACAGGAACAAUGGAAAAGCUUGCAGCAGCAUCACAGGCACUUGGGUUCAGACAACACUCAGAUUCUAAAUUAUACAGAAAUUAUACAAUUCGGUGAAGAGAAAAAAAGCUAUGUGCAAAAUGAGACAUUAAUGCAAAAAAUAGCACACAUCCAUGGUAGUUUAUGGAAGUUAAACCAGCCACCCGUCACCUAUGUGACUCCUGUUAAUCGACACAAAAUGCUGGAGGAACUCAGCAGAUCAGACUGCAUCUAUGGAGAGGAAUAGAGUCGAUAUUUAAGUCUGAAAUAUUGACUGUUUUCAUUGCCAUAGCUGCUGCCUGACCUGCUGAGUUCCUCCAUUGUUUUAUGUGUGUUGCUGUGGAUUUCCAGCAUCUGCAGAAUCUCCCUUGUUCCUGCUGGAUCUAAGCUAGUUCUACCUGGCCUUAGGACCCUAAAAACUGUAAAAGUUAUUAAACUAAGCAGGAUGAGACAAUCCUGUCAGCACAUUCACUAUGGCUAGAAUCAGUGGUGUGAGGGACUGUGUUUACACUCUGUGUCACGUAACUUGAUACGUAAGAGGCACAUGAGAGUUGAUUUAUAGAUGGCUCACUGGAUGUCAAAAUUUAGUCUGUGUCGGCUGUAUUUGACUUGUUUUUUCAUAUAUAUAAAUAUUACAUCAACUUGUUGCAUGUCCAUCAAUUCCUGACUCAUCUUUGCCUUACCCAAUGCAAAACCUACCCUAAGGGAGAAUAAUUUGGAUAUGUGCUUAAUGCUCCCUCUUUCCAGCAUAAUGUAUUUCUCAGCAUGGUGUAGUGCCAACUGAAAUGUUGCAAAGCUUAACCAUAAUUAAGGUGCAUUCAUAAAACCUGGUUGACUGUUCACUGGCCAUCCCAGGCUAGAUUUUAGUCAAAGUUGAAACAACGUCAGAGGAUUCAAGAGAGAAAAGUUUUUUUCCGGAAAGCUUUUUCCUUCUAGAGCUACCUAUUCAGGACCAGAAUAUAAAAGCAAGGAUGGACUGCUGCAGCUUUACAAGGCAUUAAUGAAAUCACAUUUAGAAUGCCAUGAGCAAUUUUGGGCCCUGUAUCUAUGGAAGUAUGUGCUGUCCCUAGAGAGGGUCCUUGGGAGGUUCACAUAAUGACCACUGGGCCUGUACUUGAUGGAGUUCAGAAGGAUGUGGGUUUUGGAGGGAAUCUCAAGUCUUUCCAGAUACUGAAAGACUUGGAUAGAGUGGAUCUAGAGAGAAUGUUUCCAUUAGGAGAGGGUCUGGGAUCUGAGGGCACAGCCUCAGCAUAAAGGGAUGUCCUUUAAAAUUGAGAUGAAGAGGAAUUUCUUCAGUCAGAUGGUGGUGAAUCUAUGACAUUAGUUGCUCUUGAGAGUUGUGGUUUUCAAAGUCAUUGGGUAUUUAAUGGCAGAGAUUAAUAGGUUCUUGAUUAGUAUUGGGGCUAAGGGUUACAAGAAGAUAGUAGGAAAAUGAGGUUAAAAAUACUCAGCCAUGAUUGAAUUGCAGAAUGGGCUUGGUGGGCCAAAUCGCCUAAUUCAGCUCUUGUAUCUUCUGGCCUCAUUUGGCAAACUGAUCUGUUAUGAAAAUAUUCAACAGAAACUCUUGAUUUGGACAUAUCAAUGCUUCUCACUGCAAUGCAAGUGAGCUGGUUAUUAUUUGGUUUACAAAGGCCAACAAUUUUUUUUAAAAAAUCUCCUGUACUUCAAUCAAUUUAAACUGGGGUGUGAUAGUUGUUGACCCAUUGACUAGAGAGCCUCCCAGGUCUUGCAUCAGUGAAACCUUGGACUCUGUUUCAAGUACACGAUUGACCAAGACAGAGGAAAAGUGGCAAAAUCAUAGUGUUAUCAGUCAAAGUUUAUCACGGACUGGAUGCAAGGAGGACAUUUUUCCACAGCUCAGGAGUCGAGAUCUAGGUACCAGAAUCUCAGAAUAAGGGGUUGGCCAUUUUGGGCUGAGAUUUAUUGCACUCUAGGAGUGAUGAAACUUUGGGAUUCACUAUCUCAGAGAGUUGAGGUGGUUCUUUCAAAGUAGAGGCUGGAUGCUGAAGGAAAUGAUGUGUGAGGGAUGGUGCAGGAAAGUGGAACAGUGAGGGAAUUUCAGUCAUGGCCUACCCCUACUCCACAUUCUAAUGUUCUGCAUUGUGGUUAAAGUUCACUGAAACCAAGUCUCUGAAAAGUCAAAUGUAGUUGAUAUAUAUUUCAUAAAUUUUAGGAUGAUUUUUAUAGUUUGGAGAAAGCCAUUAAUCAGAUUUGUGUUUUAUUCUGCAUUUUUUUCCAUAUUUCCUUUUAAUAUAGAGAGGUCAUUCAACCCAUCAAACAGGCUCUUGGAGCAGUCAUGUCCCCCCACUUACUUCCCCGUUCUCCAAUCUGUUAGAACUUAAUGGUGUGAACUGUCAUUUUACAACUGUCUCAAACUUAUAAACAAAGCUGAAGCCUGACACCAAAAUGAUAAAUGGUUAGAAAUAUGGUCAGGUGGCUCCUAUGGGAGGGAGAAAUGGUGAGAUAAGAUUGAGAUUGUUCCCCUCUCAGUGAGCUACUGGAGUGUUUGAUCAUUUCAAUUCAGCUCAAUUUUUAAUAAUUUUCUGAGGACUUUUUUUCCAAAUAAUUUUCUUUUAAGCUAUCUAACCGGUCAGAAAACUCUUAGUUUACUAACUUCUUCUUUGGAUUUAAUGCCAUGAAAGAAUUUAAUAAUAUGAGAAAGUUACUCUGUAACAUGAAUUCUGGGCUUAAACAGACAAAGUGAUUCUACGCAACACUGUGAAAUGAACUCUUAAGAGCCCACCCUCAGAACAAGCCAGUUGGAGACUUGGGUUUGAGUGAAAGGAUGGUUGGAGGGCCAGGGAAGUAGUGAUCUGACUGAAUAGAUUUGUUGGUUGUCACAUGUACCUCAAAACGUACAGUGAAAUGCUUUAUAUUGUGUCAAUGACCAACACAGUCCAAAUAAGUGUUGGGGGCAGCCUGCAAAUGUCGCCACACUUCUGGCACCAAUACUGCAUGCCCACAACUCACUAACACUAACCCGUACAUUUAUGGAAUGUGGAAGGAAACUGGAGCAUCGCAGAGGAAACCCGCACAGCCACGGGAAGAACGUACAAACUCCUUACAAUGUUGGGAAUGAAACCCCCAUUGCUGAUCUCUGGUCACUAGCACUGUAACGCAUUACCCUUACCACUACACUGCCAUGCUAGCCCGUGGGAGGGUUGAAAUAUCAGGUGGUUAGCAACAUGACUAUUAAAUGUAGAACCUGUUUUUAGGGUAAACUACUUAAUGGACCAGGAAAACAGGAAGCACUUCUGGAAUACCAGAUGAGGGCUAUUAAGUAGAUAAGUCGAGAAUCACUGAGUUUGGGCUUUCCAAACCCCCAAGCAUUGGGUUUAACGCCACUGUCUUAUUGCAAUGUGAUACCUUAAAUAUCAUUUACUUUUCAGUUUUCUUUCCUUAAAGAGCACUUUUUCUUUGGUGCAUCCUUCAGCGAGUAGACAGUUUCCAGGGGACCAAAAGAGAAAGAGAGGUGGGGACCAACUGUGUGCGUUCAUCUGUCUGAGAGAGAAAUGGUGGGGAGGGGGGAUGUGGAAGGACCAAAUAUCUAAUGAAUCUUGCUAUUGUUGAUUUGCUAUUCAAUGCCCUUUGUGCAAUUUGCUGCUUUUUAUUCUCCUUCUAUUGGCCUCCCUGGAAACUGAUAGAGCUUGCAGCUUUGCCUUUCUCGGGUGAAAGGUUCCCUAUGGGCAUCACUGGGUAGUGCUCGACUUAAUGGCAGUUGUUAGCACCUGUGAGUGAAUUGGUUUGUGAAAAGAAUAGCACUGAUUCAGAAUGGGGAAUAUUAAGAUUUGAGCUUCCAUAAAUGAAGAAUAUUUCCUAUGAACUUAACUAAGUAGUAUAGCUCUUGGGUACUCCUGGAUUCUUGCCAGUGGGGUAGUGUAGUGGGAGUGUGAUUUAUUUAAUUAUGGCGUAUGGAGUUCAAUGCACAAGUCUGAGGUCAUUCACUUAGAGCCCAAGGAAGUUAAAUCAUGAUGCUUUUUAAAUAGGUGUUAAACAGGGACUGUAGAAGGACAAAAGGACUUGGGAGUCCAUAAUUCAUUAAAAGUCAAGGAAUGAGGGCAAGAAACUUUUAAAAAAGGCUAAUUGAAUAUUUGGUCUUAUCUCAAAGCGACUGGAAUACUAAAGGGAUAUAUGCUAUUUGUACAGAGACUUUUUUAAAAGAUCCACUGCAGUACUACAUUAAAUUUCCACCACUGCACUUUAGAAAAGAUGUCUUGCAACGGAGAUCCCCAGAAAGAUACCAGGGGUUAGUGGGUGACAUUAUGUGGACAGGUUGUAUAAACGUGGUUUGAAUAGCCUUGUUUAUCAGUGACUCAGUGCUAAUCUGAUCAGGGGUUUUGAAAAGAAAUGUAGGACGGAUUAACAGGUUUGAUACAACAAAACUCUUUUCUCUGAGAGGAUUGAGAAUGAGAAAGUGUUUAAUUGUAGCUUUGCUGUUUAGAAAUAAAAUUAGGAAGCACUUUCUGGCCAGAAGAAAACAAAGAACAAAUUCUAGAAUUUCAGUAUCCCUAAAAAAAAUCUGAAUCAUCUAGUAAGUAAUUAGAUCUUUCAAAAGAGUGAUAUAUUUUUGUAAAUACAGAAGAUCACAGGACAUGGGGAAAAGAGAGAAGAAAGGAACUGAGGUGAUGAACUGACUGGCAGGACAGGGCCUGUAAAGCCAGGUGACCAUUGUCCCCCUGUGUUUUGUGUCAGUGAGGUCCACUCGGGUUUGGGAAGCAAAUCAAAAUGACUUGUGUUACAAUCAAAUUUGAUGGUCUUUGGAGGGAAAUUAAUUAGUUAUUGCUAAAUCAAAUGGACAUGGAGAAGAUGUUUCCUAUAGUAGGGGAGUCUAGACCAGAGAGCAGUCUAAAAGUCAGCACAUCCCUUUAGAGUAAAGCUGAGAAGAAAUUUCUUCAGCUGGAGGCUGAUGAAUCUGUGGAACAUAUUGCCACAGAUGGCUGUGGAGGCCAAGUCAAUGGAUAUAUUUAAAGCAGAGGUUGAUGAGUUCUUGAUUAGUAAGGGCGUCAAAGGUUACAGGGAGAAGUCAAGAGAAUGGGGUUGAGAAAGAUAAUAAAUCAGCCAUGAUGGAAUGGCGGAGAAGGCUCAAUGGGCCAAAUGGCCUAAUUCUUUUCCUAUAUCCUAUGGUCUUAUGGUCAAAUAUCUGAAGUUUUCAAGUAUUUAGAAGGAAAGGAAAAUAAAACAGAAAAUGCUGCAAACACUCAGCAGUCAGAUUUCAUCUGUAAAAAGAGUCUUGGACCAGAAACACUAGCUUGUUAUCACGAGAUUCUCCAGUUGCUGGAAAUCUUGAGCAACACACAAAAACUUAGCACGUCAGGCAGCAUCUAAGAAGGGGAGUAAACAGUUGACGUUUUGAGCCAGGAAACUGAAGAAGGAUCUCAGUCCAAAAUGUCGACUGUUUAUUUCCCUUCAUAGAUGCUGCCUGACUUGCUGAGUUACUCCAGCAUUUUGUCUGAGAAAUACUGUUGGUGUUUCCACUGUUGCUGCUAGACUUGUGUGUAUCUGGAGUUUCCUGUUUUAUCAGUUACAUAGGAUGGAGAACAAGCCCUUUGCCCCAACUUGUCCAUGCUGACUAAGUUUCAUUUGCUUCUAUUUGGCCAUGUUUGAACCUUUCAUAUCCACGUAUCUAUUCAAAUGUUUUUUAAAUGUUGUAUUUGUUCCCACCUUUGAGCUCUCAGUUCCAUACGCAAACCACCUUCUUCAUGGAAAAACUUGUCUGUCAGAUCCCCUGUCAUUUCCCACCACCUCACCUUAAACCUGUGCCCUCUAGUUGUAAGCUCCCAAAUCUUGAGGGGUGGAGUGGAAGAAUCUAUUUCAAAUUUCCAACCUUUGCAGUUUUUUCUGAUUUUCGAACAAGGGAAGUUAUUGGGUGCACAAAAUAAGAGAAUUAGUUCUCAACUGCAGGAGUAGAGUUUUGGAACAGAAUAAUUCACCGUUGCAAACCUACACAUUUGCAGCUUCUCAUGAAAAGGAACAGCGUUCUCUGACCAGAACCAUUUGUACAGAUUUACUAUUUAGAAAGAAAAAGAAGGCAGUCUGUGUAUGGGGGCGGGAGGGGUCUAUCUGUAAAUGUCCUUGGAAAGCUUGCAGAAUUGUCAAUCAACAAAAAGAAAAGUCUGAAGUAGAGUUCGUAAAUAGUACUUAGAAUUCUAUGUGGCUCUUUGGAGGAAUUGUCACUAAUCCUUACACAGUAAAACCUGACAGACAAGCACAUUCUUCUGAUAAAAUAAAAUUGAUAUUCAAGCACUGAACAGUUUCUUAGGACUGUCCAAGUUACUCCUUUUUUAAUUGUCUUAUUUGUAUCCUGUAAAGAAUAUUAAUCUACUAUGGGAAAUCUUUCAAUGGCACAACAAAUCGAUGUUAUCCCAUCCCUGUCUUAGCUUGACCUGGUUUUUUGGUGCUGUAUCCCAGUCCUGGCUGGAUUUGGCCUGGUUCCUGUCUGCAGUAUUGCUAUAGGCUUUGAGAGGAGUGGACAUUUAUUUUUGUUAAUGUUUUGGGUGUGUGAACUCAUAUGUGGGAAUUGGAAGAUUAUCAUGCUCUCUCUUCCAUUCCAGUUACACUGUUCUCAACCCAUCAUACUCUGCCAUUGUGCACUAGCAUGACAUUCCUAAUUCCUCAUGACAAAUUAAUUUACAAUGGGGCAAGAUAAGGUAACCAUAGCAGGUUGUUUUGAGCACCAAGUUGAGUAAAGUAUUUUUGUUUUGAGUUUGGUGCUGCAUUUACUGUGUCCAUUGAAUCUUGUUAACUAUUGUGCAAAUAAAAACCAUUUUGUAAAAUGUAUUGUGUAACUGUUUUGUACAAUGUUGCUGAUGCAAUCUGUUUUAUUGGCUGCUUUCUUUCCUGUUGGUUCUCUUUAUACGGAUUCUCUGGUUGCAGAUGGUUCGUUGGUGGAUUUUGCCUAACCUGUUAUGUGCCGAAUUGUGUGAAAAUGUUUAAAAUCUUACAUGGGAGGGGGAACUUUUUUUUUAAAUAAAAGAUGCAAAUGAAAACUUA